GGGCUUAAAAACCCGACGGAGCGGCGUCGCAGAGGCAGUAGUUGAGAAGACUGCAGCCAACACUUACCAAACCCCCGCGCUGCGGCUCAGGAUCCGAGCAAUGCCCGCUCAGAGGACUCUCUGCGCCUGAAGGGACGGACGGAGGACCGCCGCGAAAAUGGCUUCAUAUCUGCAGAUCGCUGAUGAUGAGAAAGGACAUGAUCUGGACCUCUUCUGUGUUCCCCGGCAUUAUGAAAACGAUUUGGACAGAGUGAUCAUCCCCCACGGACUCAUUAUGGACAGGACAGAGCGUCUGGCUCGCGACAUAAUCCAGGACAUGGGGGGACACCACAUCGUGGCUCUGUGUGUGCUGAAAGGGGGAUACAAGUUUUUUGCUGACCUCCUGGACUACAUUAAAACACUGAACCAGAACAGUGAUAAAUCAGUCCCGCUCACAGUGGAUUUCAUUAGAGUGAAGAGCUACUGUAAUGAUAAGUCAACAAACAGUGUCAAAGUUAUAGGAGGGGAUGAACUAUCUAACCUCUCUGGCAAGAAUGUUUUAAUUGUUGAGGAUAUCGUGGAGACGGGAAGGACGAUGCAGACACUGCUUUCCCUGCUGAGUGAAUGUAAUCCCAAAAUGGUUAAAGUCGUGAGCCUUCUGGUAAAAAGGACCCCGAGGAGUUCAGGCUAUAGGCCAGACUACAUUGGUUUUGAGGUACCAGAUGCCUUUUUGGUUGGCUAUGCUUUGGACUACAAUGAGUACUUCCGAGAUCUCAGUCACAUCUGUAUACUGAACGAACAAGCCAAGGAGAAGUACAAAGUGUGAGCAUUCGGAGCGAUGCAGAGGUGAUGCCUGCCUGACUGACUGAAGACUAGGACCACUGUGAUGACCUUCCUUAGCUUUGCUGUGUUUUAAAUUUUAUUUUUCUACUUGAAAAGCCACAAGUUGUGAGUUGUAAAGAACUUAAAAAAAAAAAAAAAAAAAGGAAAAAAAAUCCUGUUUAAGGUCAAGUGGGAUUAAAGAUGUAUAAGACAAUUUUGGUUGUUUAAAAUUUUAGUUGUUUAGCUAAUUUAUGUGUAGACUUAAGCUGUACAUUUAAAUUUACAUUGGAGAUGAAGAAUAUAUUUAACUUGCUGUGGCUUAUUAUUCACAUGUCUCAGGCUUGUCUGUAGCCUUCACUCUGCAUAUUGUUUGGUUCAGUUUCAAAUGUUGACUUCUCUCUCCAUUAUAUCAUGCAGCUAUGUAUAAUUUAUUGAGUUUUAUUUAUUUUGUAUGUUUUCAAUGAGAACCUGUUUACAGAAAAACAAAUACAUUUGAAACCUCAAACCCAGUUUGUUGCACUUUUUUGGUUUCCCUGUUGUGUCCUGAGGGGAGAUGAUUAACAGGAGCAUAUAAAAAUAAGUCUGUUGUUGCAUGAAUGCAGUAAGAGGGUACCUACAUAAUGAUAUGUGGGUAUGGAUACCUACAUAAAUGUACUUCCAAUUUAGGUAUUUUGUGUCGUGUAAUGCCUCUCCUAGAUCUCUGCUUAUUUUUAUGGUUAUCUUCCUCUAUUUGGUUGUUUUGUCACAUUUUGGCUAUUUCACAUCUGUGUAAACGUAUGUUUUCUGUGUCUCUGUAGUUCUGGGUUUCAUACUGUUGUUUCACAUAAAUGUGUAUCAUGUAUUGAUUUGGUGUUUUUUAUUUGUAUGUUUUUUUUUUUUGAUUUUGGUCAUGUCUCACCUGGGUCUUUUUUCUGUGGUGACUUCUAUUUGAAUCACUUUUAAACCUUCAGUUGUGUUUUGUGUUUCUUCCUGGUAUGUGUGUGCCAGAAUAGUACCACAAUG